AUGGCUUUUGGGAAGAGCCAGAAGGAUCCCUUCGGCACCGCCCUGGGCCACCUGAUAGAAAAAGCCACUUUUGGAGCACUGCAGGUAGAAGAGUGGGGACAGUUCAUGCACAUCUGUGAUAUUAUUAAUACGACUGAAGAAGGUCCCAAAGAUGCAAUCCGAGCAUUAAAGAAAAGGCUGUCCAAAAACUGCAAUCAUGUUGAGAUUCGGCUUACUCUUUCCCUUCUUGACAUGUGCAUGCAGAAUUGUGGUCCAAGCUUCCAGUCUCUGGUAGUGAAGCGGGAGUUCUGCAAAGACCGGCUGGUAAAACUUCUGAAUCCAAGGUUCAACCUGCCUGUUGAUAUGCAGGAGAAGAUCUUGACCUUUAUCAUGACUUGGGCUCGAGGAUUCCAAGGUGCUGUGGAUGUGACUGAAGUCAAGGAGGUAUACCUGGAGCUUCUCAAGAAAGGAGUUGAGUUUCCAACCUGUGGAACCCAGAAGCCUUUGACUCAGACCUCCACAAAGGCAUCAUUGUCGCACAGUACCUCCAAGAAUGGUUUGGCAGGGUCCCUCCCUACAGGUACAACAAUAACACUGAUUCCUGAACAGAUUGGGAAGCUAUACAGUGAACUGGAUAUGGCAAAAAUGAACGUGAGGGUCAUGUCAGCGAUUCUGAAGGAAAAUGUCCCUGGAUCAGAGAAUCCAGAUGAUAUGAAGCUUCUACAGAAGCUCUACAAGACAAGUCGAGUAAUGCAAGAGAGGAUCAUGGAACUGCUAGCAACAGUACAGAAUGAAGAUGUGAUAACUGAACUGAUACAAGUGAAUGAAAAUCUGAAUAAUGUCCUGAUGGGACACGAAAGGUUCUCUCGAAAUAGAGUCCGCUUCCUGGAAAAUCAAAGGAUUCAAAAUGAACGCACAGCGGACAACAGCAACCAGCCCUCUGCUCCCUCAUCUGACUUGCUUGACCUCGAGUCAAGUUUUCCGACUACGGUGCCAAAGGCUGGGGGAGCUGGCCUUGUGACUUCUCCGUUUUCAGAAUCAAACUGCGAGCCGUCGUGUGUUGCUGCUCCAAGCACCCACCUGAUGCAACCAUCACUUUAUCCUCAGCUAAACCCACUACAUGCUGCAAAUACUGUGCAGACUGCGUUUGUAACAGAAGCACAAAGUACAAGUCAGAGCUUUCCAGUUGCCAGCCAAUAUGAGAAUGUAAACUCCUUUUUAACUCCUGUGCCUCUCCAUCCAGUAAGCCUUCAGAUUAAUGGGACAAGAGAUACCCCAGCAACAGACAUGUCCAAAAGCCAGACGCCGCCUCCCAAUUACUAUGAGCUCAUGGAGUUUGAUCCGCUGGCUCCCAGUGACAAAAUGGAACCUAUUUAUGAAGAAAUUGAUGCACAUCUCUUCAGACCUAGUGUUAAAAGUCAUACCAGCUGCUAGACUCAAGAGGUCCAAGUAAAACAAAAGUAUCUUCUUUUCCUACACUAGAGACUG